CUCUAUUUUAGCUGCUUUAGAUAGGGUCUGCUCAUUUUAAUGGUAUCCGUACCCCUCUCAAAAGCCACUUGUUUUCUUAUAAAAAGCCCUCGACUCUAAGAAGGAAGAAACGCUUCUUCACACUCAAAGCCGUAGAUUCAAUCUCAAAGCUGAACUGAUCAAAACCCUAAUUACUGGAGUGGUGAGGAUGGGGAGAGGGAAGAUUGUGAUCAGGAGAAUCGACAAUACGACGAGCAGGCAGGUGACUUUCUCGAAGCGAAGGAACGGGCUGCUGAAGAAGGCCAAGGAGCUGGCGAUUCUAUGCGAUGCAGAAGUGGGGCUCAUCAUCUUCUCCAGCACCGGCAAGCUCUACGAAUUUGCAAGCACCAGCAUGGAAUCAGUAAUCGACCGAUAUAAUGAAUCCAAAGGAGAAAAUCAUCAACAAGACAAUCAAGUUUCCCAAGUCAAGUUUUGGCAAAGGGAGGCAGCAAUCUUGAGGCAACAAUUACACAACUUGCAAGAAAAUCAUCGGCAAUUGAUGGGAGAAGAACUUUAUGGUUUCAGUGUCAAAGAUCUGCAAGAUCUUGAGAACCAACUGGAGAUAAGUUUAAAUUGUGUCCGCAUGAAAAAGGAACAGAUUCUAACUGAUGAGAUACAAGAACUAAACCAAAAGGGGAAUCUCAUGCACCAGGAAAACAUAGAACUCUACAAGAAGGUAAAUGUCAUUCGUCAAGAAAACAUGGAAUUGUAUAAAAAGGUUUAUGGAACAAGGGAUGUGAUAGAAGUGACCGAAAUCACCCAAAAUCCAUAUGGUUUCAGAACUGGAGAGAACUCAUAUCUACCCGUCCAACUCCAAUUAAGCCAGCCAGAACAACAAAGUCAAGAAAUAUCAGCAAGGAUAAAAAGAUCAAGGUUGCAGCUGCACUGGAGUAGCACUUAGUACUUGUACAAUAGAGAAUGAGUAAUUUAUAAACAGGCAACAUUUUAGACAGGCAGUAUCAUAGCAUGUAUGUCAGAGUACAAUAUGCACGCACAAGCCCAGUGGUUGACUCAAGUUAGAAAAACAAACGAAUUAAAAAACAAAUAUUAAUAAACAUCAAUGGUGUGACUUACUUUUAUCAUUUAAUCUAGAAGUACCACAGUGGUUGCCUUGCUCACAGGUGAUCGUGCUUGGUUGUGAACAAAGUCUCCGGGAUCUGACCAACGUUAUGUUAGCAUUCAACACUAUCUCAAGAAGAGAUGCCACAAUAUGCUUGACGAAGGGGCUUCAAGGUUGUUAUAAAAUUGAUAUGUAAUUCUGUAACAAGCCCAUGCUAUUACAUACAAUAUAAAGGCAUUCAUAGCUUACAUAUUCUACCCAGAGGUGGCAUGUUGCACAGAUGAAACAAAGACAUCCAUGCUUAAAUUUCUCUUUAUAAUGCUUUUUCCUGAUUUUUUUUCUUCAUCAGUUACUCCCAAGACUUGAAGUAAUUAGAGAUGUAUUAGACAUUAGAUAGUAGAUAUAUGUCUUCAUGUUUGUGGUAUUCUUGCCAAAUUAAAAGACAACAAGGAAAGAGACUUCA